AUGUGUAUAAUUAUAGUUCAUUUGGCUUAGGCUGUGGAUGCAUGUCAUUUUUUGAUCCAGCCAAGGAAUUAUUGCCAAAAGAGGAGGAGUUGAAGCUGGCAAAUAAAGAAGUAUGCUCUGUAAAUCACAAACUUAGUUAACAGUGCUUGGACAGUGCAAACAGUUGCAAUGUCCACCUCUCAGGCUCACUUGAUUUUGGAGAAUUAUAUCGGUGGCCAGUUUGUACCAUGUUCCUCAUAUCUAGAUUCUUAUGACCCAUCUAUUGGCCAAGUAUAUUGCAAAGUACCAGAUAGCGGCAGGGAAGAGGUGGAAGCUGCUGUCACAGCUGCCCAAAAUGCUUUCCCAGGUUGGUCUGCCAAAAGUCCACAGGAAAGGUCAAAAAUAAUGAGCAAGCUAGCAGAUCUUAUUGAAGAAAAUCUGGAGUCAUUUGCGCAAGCAGAGUCAAAAGAUCAAGGAAAAAACAUUACUUUUGCCAGAACAGUGGACAUACCCCGAGCAAUAUACAAUUUUCGCUUUUUUUCAUCAUCUAUCCUUCAUGAGACAACAGAAUGUACACAGAUGGAUCACAUGGGCUGCAUGCAUUAUACUGAAAGGUCACCAGUGGGAAUUGCUGGUUUAAUUAGUCCUUGGAAUUUGCCACUUUACUUACUGACCUGGAAAAUUGCCCCUGCUGUCAUGUGUGGAAAUACUGUAAUUGCCAAACCGAGUGAAAUGACAUCUGUCACAGCCUGGAUGAUGUGCAAACUUCUGAAUAAAGCAGGUUUUCCUCCGGGUGUGAUAAAUGUCGUGUUCGGAAGUGGGCCCAAAGCUGGAGAUGCGCUUGUUUCCCAUCCGGCGGUAUCUCUGAUUUCCUUCACUGGGAGCACACUCACUGGCCAGCAAAUCAUCCAGAGGUCUGCUUUGUACUGUAAGAAGCUUUCCUUGGAGCUAGGAGGCAAAAAUCCAGCUAUCAUUUUUGAGGAUGCCAACUUGGAUCAAUGUAUUCCUGCCACUGUAAAAUCCAGUUUUGCUAACCAGGGUGAAAUAUGCUUAUGUACCAGCAGAAUCUUUGUUCAGAAAAGUAUUUCUAAAGAAUUCUUGAGAAGGUUUGUGGAAGCUGUUAGAAAAUGGAAAGUUGGAAAUCCUUCAGAUCCCACAACUGAUAUGGGAGCAUUGAUAAGUAAAGAUCAUUUAGCAAAGGUGAAGAAGUAUAUCCAGCAGGCUCGGGCAGAAGGGGCCAAGAUCCUCUGUGGAGAAGGAAUAGACUCACUGGAUCUUUCUCCAAGAAACCAGAAAGGCUAUUUCUUGCCUCCCACAGUUAUCACAGAAAUUGAUGAUAAUUCUUGCUGCAUUCAGGAUGAGAUUUUUGGUCCUGUAGCUUGUGUAAUGGUGUUUGACACAGAAGAGGAAGUGAUUAGGAGAGCCAAUGGAGUCAAAUAUGGCCUGGCAGCCACAGUCUGGUCAAACAAUGUGGGCCGGAUACAUCGAGUUGCUAAAAGACUCCAGUCUGGAUUGGUGUGGACCAAUUGUUGGCUUAUCAGAGAUCUGAAUUUGCCCUUUGGGGGAAUGAAAGCCUCAGGGAUAGGUAGAGAGGGAGCUAAAGAUUCCUAUGAAUUUUUUACUGAGGUGAAAACAGUUACCAUAAAAUAUACUGAUGUGAACUGAUAGGAAAUAAUUCGUGCCAUAAUUCUG